AUGGGGGUGAACGCGGGCCUCCGGAGCCUCACCCGGCGCAGCCGACCGCGCCCGGAGACGGGCGUGCAGAUCAGCGGCGUGGGCGUCAUGGAAGGCGAGGACGCCUCCGGGGCGCGUGUCGUGGCGGCGGAGGUGAGCAGCGGCAAGAGCCGGGUUGAGGUGAGCUUUCUGAGCCCCUGGCCGGUGACCUCAGAGAAGACCAUGGAUGCCAAAGGCUUGGAGGUGCGAAGCAAAGGAGCCAGCGCCUUCCUGCAAGUAAUUCAGGGAAGCGAUCUCUCCACAGAUCACUUGCUGGAGGAGGUGCUUAGCAGCAAGGGCAAGUUCGGCGCGUACGGCUUGCCGGAGGCCAUCCAGGUCUUGAGCGAUGAGUCGGAUGAUACGGGCCGGCGGGUGCAGGUGCGCUUCACCGCGUACUCGCCCAAGUCGGUGGAGUUUGAGACCCGAGCGCUUCUGCGGGCAAAGGUCCUGGAGGACACCACAUACGUCUUGGUGGCGACGGCGCUGGAGGACAAGUGGGCGCAAGCAGAGGCUCAGCUGGUGCGGACCGUCGACUCCUUCCAGGUGGCUGCGGCGUGA